AUGGCUUCGGAUUCCAAUGGUGUAUUCAGCACCAGACCCCGUACCUCCAACGAUAAUGUCCCAACCACGAACAUAAGCCUCGCCUCACUGCGCAGCAUCGUCCCCCCCAACCGCCCUCCCACAGACCUUGAUGCCGAGCUCUGCGUUGCCUGCAUGCUCGACGACCGUCCCCGCGUCCAGGAUCUCCUCUCUAGAGGCGCAGACCCGUUCUUCGUCACCGAAUCUGGAAGCUCCGCGCUCGAUCUCGCUGACACGAUGAGCCGCAUCGAACUCAUCAAGGAUCUCCUCCAGAGCCUGGACCUUGAAACUGCCGGGCUUCCGGUCCUCCUGAAGGCCUUCCAUGCCGGCAGGUCUAGUAUUGUCCGUGCUCUUUUGGAAUUGGGUAUGAAGGACCACCUUGGCGACGAGAUCUUCUAUGCUGGCAUUUUUGGCGUGGCUUGUUGCACCAGUACUCCGUUCGUCCUUGAGACGUUGUACAUAUACGGUCCCGAAAUCGACCUUGCGGUUUACGAGGAGAUCUUUAUCCACAUUGCGAUGCUGACUGGGAAGAUGGAGAAUGCAAGAAUGGUCGUCGAGCUUGCGAGAGCCGGGGCGAGGGCUUUGGAUGUGCAGGCGGAGUCUCAGUAUCGGGGUUCUUGGGGAGUCGAUAGACCCGUUUACCAGCAUGUUCGCACUCCGGCUCCGUCUCCGUCGUAUAGUCCCGUCAUGUUUACCGAUUUUGUGCAUGACUCUGGGUCUGAGUUUGAAUUCGAAAUUCCUCAUUAG